AUGACAUCGCCCGAAGAUGCCACCCCGGUCAAACCACCGCCAUCCUUUUCCCCCGGCGUUGCGCGAGUACCAUCCAUAUCACGAUACCCCGAUGACCCCGAAUCUGCGCAUUCAAUAGAUGCCGAGCUGUCCGAAUAUCGCUCGGGAUCUUCUCCGACGCCCUCUUUGGCCACCACCACGGAGCUCCCCAUUCGCUCAUCCUCGCCGCAUGCUCAGUCCAUCCGAUCGUCCACCCCACAAUUAGCCCGCUCGUCGCUUGGUUCACCUUUUGAGGGCCGAUUCGAUGGGUCUGAAGAUAUCAGAUCACUCAUAAUACGAGCUUUCUCUCCAGCUGUUGCCGUUUAUGCAUCUGACGAUACGGAUGAGCUCGUUAGGAAUAAGGGGUUUAAAGGGGGCUUUUGGGAACUAAUCCGUCCGUUUGGAGAGACUGUGCCCGGGAAGGUGGUCAUCCGUGACAGUGUUGGGUCCAGCCGUGCCUGGGAGGACUAUGGCGUACGCUUCAUGAAUUUGAAAGGCUUCAGCCGGACUCCCGCAGGUCGUGAGUCCGGACGGGAGUCACCUCUGACACAGAUGGAGGAGAUAUUGGAGCAGCAAUUGGAGUCUAGUGAGGGACCGCUUGGAACAACUAUGCCCUCAAAAGAUGCGCAGGGAUUACCGAUUGCCAGCCCGUUAUGGAAGAUCUUACUGCGACAAAUACUUUCGACUACCUCGGCGGCACCCCACGAAACAUUUAGCCAUCCUGUCGCGAGUGUAAUUGCUAUCAGCUCUCGCAACAGCUCACCUUUGGAGACGCUUCGCCAAUUGUAUGCAGAAAGCAGCUCUGGGGACAAGCGGUUACCGGAUUGGGUUCAUCAGGAGUACCUUCGAUACUACGUUUUGGUUCAUGACGAGGAACGUGACAACAUCGCCGAGUCAACAAAACUGUACGAUCAAAUGAAGCGGCAUUUCGGUUUACACUGUCAUUUAUUACGUUUGCGCAGCAGCCAGUGUGUUGUGACGGAUGAUGAUAGCGUCCAAGUACCCACCUGUGAAUGGUUAUCCCCGCAAGAGCAUCUAUCAGGCGUGGGAGAAGCAGAGACACUGGUGGACCUUGGUACAGACGGUACACCGUACCUAUUCGAUUCCGAUGCAACUGCCAUCCGCACAUUUAUCCGCGAACUCAUUGUACAGUCCGUCAUUCCUUUUAUGGAAAACCGGGUAGCUGUCUGGAAUGACCAAGUUGCAUCAAGGAGGCGGGGAAUCAGUGGUAGAUUCAUGUCAGUCGGUCGACGAUUUAUGACAUUCGGCUCAGGCUCACGAUCUGGCGGUGCUGGUUCUUCCGGUGGAAGCGGAAAUUAUGAUUCUACAGACAAUUCAUAUAGCCCAGAUUCACCUGAGGCUGUCCUGCGAAAGAUGGCCGAUUUUGCUUUCAUGCUUCGGGACUGGAAGCUUUCUGCUUCAACCUAUGAAAUGAUCCAGUCAGACUACAAGAAUGACAAGGCUUGGAAAUAUCAUGCAGGCGUAAAUGAAAUGUGCGCAGUAAGCACGCUGCUGAACCCAUUGGCCGCGUCUACCAAAAUCAAGCUUGAAAGCAUUGACCAGAUGUUUGAAAAUGCAUGCUAUUCCUACCUAACGCGAUGCUCAGAUGGCCCACACGCAUUACGCAGUCUCACUCUGGCCGUUGAGCUUCUCAAGUCUCGAGGUGGAUCUGCCACUGAAAGUGCAGCCAGGUGGGCCAUGCGGGUCAUGGACUUUGGCUUGGUCGGUCCAGUUGGUCAAAUUUUAUUCACAGAGAGAGUUUCAACAUGUUAUGCCUCGAAGACUCCCGUGAGCGGAGCCAGAUGGGGUGCUCGUCGUCGUAAAGCCGGCAUGUGGAGCAUAUUUGCUGCAGAUCAAUGGCUCAAAGCUGGGAAGGCGACUCAAGCUUCAGCCUGCCUGGAAGAGGCCGAGCGUCUUUACGCCGAUGUCUUAGAGGUGGAUGGUGUUUUUCCCAUGCCUGAGAUGCAGACUUUCGUCGACAAUUUGCGACAUGCUGUGAAAGUUGAAUAUCUUGGCACAAGAGGCUUCAAUACACAGGAUGAGCCAGCGCCAGAGGAGCUCGAAGCAACUGAAGAAACAAGUGAGCAGCUUGCAAAAGUUGGGAAACGUACUCAUCGCCACUCACUGAUUGGUCUCCCUGCACAACUGGAUGCAGGCAGUCUCAACACCACUUCAGGUGUCAGGGACCCGGAAGACCCCCCAAAUGAUGACUUUGAACGAGCCUGA